AUGAGUCUCACACCAGUACAUUUCUUCUCUCAUGGCUCGACAAUGAUGCUAGGUGAGGAAUCCGAUUCAGCCACCUACUGGAAGAAAUGCGGCGACGAAGCUCUCGAACAAAACAUCAAAGGAGUCAUCAUGAUGGGAGCUCACUGGGACGCCCUUGGAGAUAAGCUAGAAGUAGCCAUGAACCCAACCCCUGGAAAGUCCCCCGUAGCAUACGUCCACCCAUCCAAAUACGCCGACUACAAAUUAGAGCCCGACCUCCCAACCGGUAAACGCUGCAUGGAACUUCUGCAAUCCGAAAAAUUCAACGUCAAACCCAAUGAUAAAUUCGAAUGGAUCCACGACACCUAUCUCAUUCUCAUCAGAAUGUUUCCUAAGAAAUGUCCACCAACGACUAUAAUCUCCAUGAACGCUCGCUUUGACCCGCAUUUCCACCUCCGAGUCGGCAGUGCCCUGCGUCCACUUCGUAAAGAAGGCUAUCUCAUCAUCGGAACGGGAGGUGCUGUUCACAAUCUUUUCCGAAAUAAGUGGGCUCCUAUGCUCAAGUACCGGGACAAUUUCGCACAGGAGACGCCUCCGGAAAGUUGGGCGUUGGAAUUCCGGCAGAGUGUUGAAGAUUGCUUCAGUAAUAACMGGGGACCGGCUUUACGUCGAGCUAUUACGAGGUUGAUGAAGCAUCCGAUGUAUCGGGAUGCUCAUGCUACGGAUGAUCAUUUUAUGGCUGCGUGUUUUGUUGCGGGAGCUGCUGGGGAUUGGGAGGAUGAGGGGGAAGAGAAGGGGAGGUUGGAGGCUGAGACUUGGGAGUUGACGAAUAUGUGUAACAGUCAGUUUACGAUCGGUUCCUGGAAGAAAGGGAGGACUGUGGGAAGCGUUCAUUGA